AGGAUACGUCUCAAUCAAAAAGAUUGAUUGUUAAAAUACGUUGAUCUAAAAACACUGCCCUUAUUGAUGGCACUGUUUUACCUGCCAAGCGAAGAUACAUACACUUUACUGGACACAAUGCGCGGCGAAGAACUGAAAGACAAGGUUAUUGUUGAGAUAGGUACAGGCUCGGCCACCAUUAUAAAUACAUUUCUCCGAUUCAACCAUUGUCUUGCUACCGACAUAAACCCGCAUGCACUACGGAAUGCUAAGUGUGAUGCAAUCCAGAGCAACCUGCUGAGUAAUCUUAGACAGACAGAAAUCGAUGUCAUAAUCUUCAACCCGCCAUACCUGAAUGAGCAGGUAGCACAGUGCGAGCAGAAAAAACCCUGCGAAAAGUGCUUGGAAAUUUGCAGCUAUGCCGGUGGUAAAGACGGAAGUGAGGUUAUCUGGCAGUUUCUGAAAGCCGUGCGUACAAAAGAGUUUUACUUGUUGGUCAUCAGGCUCAAUAAAAUCAACGUGGAACACAUACCUGGUUACGAUGUACGUGUCAUAAGGCAAAGAGCGAUACUGGGAGAAACAAUUUACAUCCUACACGGUGUAAGAAAGAACUGAAAGAAUGUUGUCGAUGGUUCUCACGGAUUUACUAAAACAAAGCUUGUAAUUUUUUGCAUACGUACUGUAGGACGUGUUGAUGUGAUAUUCGAUUGGUAAAAAGGAACGAGCAAUACUCAUAUAUGUCAUUUUCAAACGCAUUUCGCUGCUAACACACAUUAAAAGGUGCUAAAUUGUAGAAAUCAUUAUUUCUCGUACCAAUGAUUUG